AUGUCUUUAGUCUUUCCCAAACUAUCAUUUAAAGAAUGGUAUCAAGUAUUUUAUGGAUUUUGGCCAAGUAAUCCUCAUUUUACCGAAAAGGAUAUUUCUUCAGAUACUUUAAAAGACAAAGUAGUUGUGAUUACGGGUGGUAAUAGUGGAAUUGGUUAUGAAACAGCUAAACUAUUAGCUGGGAGUACUGAGGCACGAAUUUAUAUAUGGGCAAGAAAUAAACAAAAAUCACUUGAAGCUAUAGAUAAAAUCAAAUUGGAAGUGGCUGAGGAAUAUCUGAAGAAUGUUGGAGAUAAUUUACAAUUUAUUCAAGUUGAUUUAAGUGAUUUGAACUCAAUUAAACCAGCUGUCGCAGAGUUCUUGCAACGUGAACACCGAUUGGACAUCAUUUACCAUAAUGCAGGUGUUAUGGAAUCGCCACCCGAUCAGAAGACAAAACAGGACUAUCAGAUGGAGUUAGGGGUGAAUUGCAUUGGUCCUCAAUUAUUGCAAACUUUACUUGAUCCAUUAUUCAGAAAGACUGCUGAAAAGAAUCCCCCAAACUUGUCAAGAAUUGUUUGGGUUAGUUCAACUGCUCAUAUGUUUUCACCUAUUGGUGGUAUGUAUUUACAAGACCCGGAGUUCAAAUCUGUCGAUGUAGGGUUGAAGAGAAAGUAUGAUCAAAGUAAGGCAAUUAAUUUGAUACAAGCAAGACAAUGGAAUAUCCAUUAUCCAGAUACAAAUGCAAUAAGUCUUUCAUUGUGUCCAGGAUAUCUAAAAACAGGAAUCCAGCGACAUCUCACCGGGUUAAAAAAAAUGGCAUAUGAUUUGUUUUUCCAUGACCAGAAAAUGGGGGCCUAUACUUUACUCUUUGCUGGAUUGUCUCCUGAAAUAACGAAUAAAAACAAAGGAGAUCAUGUCAUAUCAUUUGGGAAAUUGGGGUUGAUUCGACAAGACUUGAAAGACGAUAAGCAUGGGAAGAAGGUAUGGGACUAUUUACAGGAUCAAAUUAAACUGUACGUAUAA